AUGUCCAACGCCGGGCCGUCCAAUGCUGCAGGCGCACCCGGCUUCGCGCCGCCGCAGCCUCAACCAUCGACGACACCAGGCGGAACCGCGACUGCGGCCAACACAUCCGCGAAUGCAGGUGUCGUCAAGAGCCAGGAUCUGAACCAGAUUGUGACGGAUUACUUAAUUAAGAAGGGAUUUUCCCGUACCGAGGAAGCCUUCCGUCAAGAAAUCAGGGACGUGGAUGAAAAUGGGCGUCCUCGAUACCAUAAUGAGCCAGGAUCGGAUCGGCUUCAUCCUGCCGGGAAGUAUCUGAGCUCCUUUCAGCACUUCGAGAGAUGGGUUGAUAACGGGAUCGAUCUCUACAAGUUCGAGCUCGGCAAGAUUCUCUGGCCGCUAUUCGUCUACUCCUACCUCCGGAUCGUGAGUCAAGGCUCGGUUGCGCAUGCUCAAGAAUUUAUGCAAGCCUGUCGGCGACGUUUCGAGACAGCCCAUUCCGAGGAGAUGAAACGCUUGGAUAUGGUGACAUUGCCAGUGCACGUCCGUGAAGAUUCGAUCGCCAAACUCUAUCUCGAGAAUAGAUAUGUCAUCCCCAUCAACAAGUCCCUUACCGGACAACUUUUCCACUUCCUAGAGCGGGACCACGACCAAUGCGGCGCUGUCGUUCUCGAUAUCAUACAACAGUACUGUCGCGUUGACUCCGUCGAUCGCGGUCCUAUCGAACCUUUCAGCUUUGAGGCUAUAUAUCGACGGGCCCGCAACCAGAACCUCGAGGAUGUCGAUAUUCAAGAAGGUAUCCCUGGUCUGACCGCUCGUAGUGGAGUCGCGAACCGCGAUAUCCUCGACAACUCAGCUGCUCUGAAGCUAGGACCGUUGCCGCUAGACAACGAGCUUCGCGAAGACGUGGCCGCCGAGCUUGAAGAAGAGGACAGACUCCACCCGCCCAAGGCUGGUGUACAUUCGUUGGUGGACGAGUUCAACUCGUUGCAUCCGAUCAAGAAGGAGUCCGGCGAUUCACCCCAGCGAACCGAUAUACCCUAUCCACCUUCUAGAGCCAGAGACGUGGCUGUCGAGAUGCAGAAGGUUCGGGAAAACCGGGACCGAUUCCGCGUUGAAGGUCGCACAGGUGGUGUUGGACCAGGCUUCUCUAUCUGCAUGUACACCUUUCACAACCAUCUUGGGAGCAUCUCCUGUAUGGAUUUCUCCAAAGACCAGCAACUCGUCGCUGCGGGCACCACGGAAUCAUACAUCCGUGUGUGGUCUAUGGAUGGCAGCGCUCUGAAGUCUCGCCUGGCACCGGAGAAGGAUAUGAAAACCAACAACCGCAAGCUGAUUGGCCACUCCGCGCCUGUCUACUCGGUAGCCUUCUCCGAUGCGAUCAGAAAUCUUGAUCGGAAUAUCUACGAGGGCGACCCGCAGCCCGAGACCGAGUCUAAGCUGCUUCUCUCCUGUUCAGCAGACGGCCAAAUUCGACUAUGGUCUCUCGACGUCUGGGCCUGUCUUUGCAUCUACAAAGGCCACGAUGGUCCAGUCACUAGCCUAUCAUGGAGCCCGCAAGGACACUAUUUCGUGACGGGUGGUUGGGACAAGACGGUACGGGUUUGGUCUCAAGAUCAUGCUUCUGCACAACGCCUGCUUGUUGGUCACGACACGGCAAUCUCGACGGUUGCUUGGCACCCGAAUGGAACAUAUGUCUACUCGGCAUCUGACGAGACCGACAAGUCGAUACGAAUGUGGUCUGUGGCGAACGGCAACUGUGUUCGCGUCUUCACUGGACACACGGACUAUAUCUCAGCGCUAGAGUGCGCGCCGAACGGCAAGAUUCUGGCUUCGGCUGAUAUAGGUGGCAACAUUUUCCUCUGGGACAUCGAUAAGGCAAACCGAAUCAAGCGUUGUCGAGGCCAUGGACGCGGUGGGAUCUGGUCACUCAGUUUCAGUGUGGAGAGCAAUGUCCUCAUUUCCGGUGGUCAGGACAACACAGUUCGCGUCUGGGACGUGGAGAUGCCUGCCGAAGGUAGUCGCCCUACAAACCAGCAAGACGGCGACGGUACUUUAGUGGCAACUGGUGGAGAUGGCAAGCAACCGACGUCCGCAACGCAGCCUCCUAGCAAUGCUGGAACCAGUGCCGGGAAACGUAAAGGGAAGGACGUUAUGAUCACACCGGAUCAGAUCAGCGCUUUUUCGACGAAGAAGACACCGGUCCUGAAGGUGCAGUGCACGCGGAUGAAUCUUGUGGUGGCGGGCGGAUGCUACUACCCCGAGGCGCAGGAUCGAGAUCGUUAG